AUGUCUGAAACUAAGAAGCCUCAAUCCAACUUCGCCAUCGAUUUCUUGAUGGGUGGUGUUUCCGCUGCCGUUGCUAAGACAGCUGCUUCUCCUAUCGAGAGAGUCAAGUUGUUGAUCCAAAACCAAGAUGAAAUGAUCAAGCAAGGUUCUCUAGACCACCGUUACAAGGGUAUUGUCGACUGUUUCCAAAGAACUGCCAGACAAGAAGGUAUCAUCUCUUUCUGGAGAGGUAACACCGCUAACGUUAUCCGUUACUUCCCAACCCAAGCUUUGAACUUCGCCUUCAAGGAUCAAAUCAAGGCCAUGUUCGGUUUCAAGAAGGAAGAAGGUUACGCCAAGUGGUUCGCUGGUAACUUGGCCUCCGGUGGUAUUGCUGGUGGUUUGUCCCUAAUGUUCGUCUACUCCUUGGAUUACGCCAGAACCAGAUUGGCUGCCGAUGCCAAGUCCUCUAAGAAGGGUGGUGAAAGACAAUUCAACGGUUUGGUCGAUGUCUACAAGAAGACUAUCGCUUCUGAUGGUGUCGCCGGUUUGUACAGAGGUUUCUUGCCAUCCGUCAUCGGUAUCGUUGUCUACAGAGGUUUGUACUUCGGUCUAUACGACUCCUGUAAGCCAUUGCUAUUGACUGGUUCUCUAGAAGGUUCUUUCAUCGCCUCUUUCUUGUUGGGUUGGGUUGUUACCACUGGUGCUUCCACCGCUUCUUACCCAUUGGAUACCGUUAGAAGAAGAAUGAUGAUGACCUCCGGUCAAGCCGUUAAGUACAAGGGUGCCAUGGACUGUCUACAAAAGAUUGUUGCUGCCGAAGGUGUCUCCUCCUUGUUCAAGGGUUGUGGUGCUAACAUCUUGAGAGGUGUCGCCGGUGCCGGUGUCAUCUCCUUGUAUGACCAAUUGCAAAUGAUCCUAUUCGGUAAGAAGUUCAAAUAA